UGCCAGCCAUUUUCCCUUCCUUCUUUACUUACUCCCUCUCUCUCUCUCCCUCCUCAGUCGUUCGUACCCAAAUCUAGAACUGAAAUCAAACACACUUUCUCUUUUUCUCUGUUUCUGCCAAUGGAUUCCUCAGAUGACGAAGGAGAAGAGUACCUCUUCAAAGUAGUCAUAAUCGGAGACUCAGCAGUGGGCAAGUCCAAUCUCUUGUCAAGGUACGCUCGAAACGAGUUCAACAUGCACUCCAAGGCCACGAUCGGAGUGGAGUUCCAGACUCAGAGCAUGGACAUCGACGGCAAGGAAGUCAAGGCCCAGAUUUGGGACACCGCCGGCCAAGAACGCUUCCGUGCCGUCACCUCCGCCUACUACCGCGGCGCUGUCGGCGCCCUCAUCGUGUACGACAUCACCCGCCGCACCACCUUCGACAGCGUCGGCCGCUGGCUCGAUGAGCUCAAAACUCAUUCUGAUACAACUGUGGCAAGGAUGUUGGUUGGGAACAAAUGUGAUUUGGACAACAUCAGGGAUGUAAGUGUGGAAGAAGGCAAGAGCCUUGCAGAAGCCGAAGGAUUGUUCUUUAUUGAGACAUCUGCCCUGGAUUCCACGAACGUUAGAGGAGCUUUUGAGAUUGUUAUCAGGGAGAUCUAUAGUAAUGUCAGUCGAAAAGUUUUGAAUUCAGAUUCGUACAAAGCUGAGUUGUCUGUCAAUAGGGUAAGCCUCGUAAAAGAUGGAGCUGAUGGAUCAAAGCAAGCUUCAUGUUGUUUGAGAUGAGACCGUUGCUGUUUUUUAAUUUUAGAAAAGCUGUCAAGGACUUUCUCAAAUGUACUUGAUUUGUUUUACCUGAAUAUUUCCAGAGUGGUUCUUUAUUCAUAAAAUAAGAUAAUCGAUUUGAUUUUAUUUUUUUAGUGUUCUGGACUGUAAUAAACCUAUAUGUAUUAAUUUGAUAUAGUGAAGCUUACAAAUGUUCGUAAUUUAA